ACAGUUGGGCUCAGUCUUGUAAAGGCGGCUUCCUGUCGCCUCUCUCUCUCUUUCUCUUUCCUCGCGCCUUCCUCCUCUCUCUCCUCUAUUUAUUCUCACUUUCUCACUUUCUCUCGCCGACACUCUCUCUCACACCCACAGCGGAACCACCCGUUAACUACGUUCAGGCAUGGAGGUCGAAGUGGUGGUGCCGUCUCCGGCGCCGGACAACUUCAACUUCGACAGCAACUGCUCCUCCCCUUACAUCACUGCUCCUUCUAGUCCUCAACGUUUCGGCAACUUCUUCUUCAGUGCCCCCACCAGUCCCAAUCGCUCUCCUUCCCCUUUCUUCCUCAACGACGAUGACUUGCCCAGACACUCCUCUGCUUCUUCUUCUUCCUCUGUCCCUUUCCUCUGGGAAGAAAAGCCCGGCGUUCCCAAAUCCAAACCCACCAACAGCACCGAACAGGACAGGGAUGGGAUUGGGAACGAAGACUUUGAAUUCGACUUCAGUGGGCACUUGGACAGAACUGCUUUGACAGCAGAUGAGCUCUUCGAUGGUGGAAAAAUCCGGCCGUUGAAGCCACCUCCGCGGCUGCAUUCCGGCGACGGGAAUAGCUCUCCGGCGUCGAACUCGAAUAUGCCAUCUCCGAGGUCGAGAAUCUCUGAGGGAAAGAGAAUCGUUCAAGAGGCGUUUUCCCCACGACAUCAGAAAAGGAAUUUCGAUCCAUUCGCAGCUGCCAUGGAAGAAGCCCGUAAGAGUGAAGGAUGGCGAGAAGAUCAGAAAAGCCGAGGGAGAGAAAGAACUUUUAGGACGAAUUCUGGUCGUAAAGGAAGCAGAUCAUUGUCUCCUUUGAGGGUCUCUGACAUUAUGAGUGACUCUGUCUCUGAGGACUUUUCGCAAACAGGCAAAAGAGUUUCUUCUUCUUCAACAAGCUACUCAAAGCCCACCACGCCUACUUCAUCGUUAUUAUCAUCGAUCUCGUUCACAAAAGGUUACAGAAAAUGGAGGCUGAAGGAUUUUCUGCUGUUUCGGAGUGCUUCCGAGGGGAGAGCCACGGACAAAGACCCUCUGAGAAAGUACACGAUGCUGUCGAAGAAGGCAGGGGAAGAGGACGCGAAGGACUCAAGUUUCCGGUCCUCGGAGGGGUCGGGUACGGGAUCAACGUCACGGAGGAGAGGGGCGGCGGUUUCAGCCCACGAAUUGCAUUACACGGUGAACAGAGCGGCUGCAGAAGAGAUGAAGAAGAAGACGUUCUUGCCUUACAAGCAGGGAUUGUUAGGCUGCUUGGGCUUCAAUCCUGGAAUGCAUGGCAUCUCCAGAGGAAUUGGAUCUUUCUCACGUCCAUGAUCAUCCACAUUAAUUUCUGGUUGCAUCUUCUUCUCCAACAAAACCUUCAUUUUGCUUCUGGCGAAAAAGAGAGAGAGCGUGAAAAUCAUACUGUAUAAUUUUCCCAUGAGAUAAUGUACCUAUUAUCACCUA